AUGCAGAUCCGGACUGGGGCGCUGAACAACGCACACCGGAGACUGAGACGGCGGGUGAGAGGCAGCCGAGUUGCGCGGGGGGUGUAUGACGUGGGGAGUGUGUGCGGGGUGGCUGGUGUGGUGUUUGGGUACUACGUCAUCUACUCGUCCUUCUUCGCGUCUGCGCCGCCGUCGCCCAGCAAGCGGUCGCUGACGCUGCAGCCGAUCAUCCCCGGGGUCACCACGCCGCUGUCGCAUCUGCCCAUCAUCGUGCUGUGUGUGGUGGUGUGCCAGUGCAUCCACGAGCUGGGCCACGCCAUCGCCGCUGCCGUCGAGAACAUCCCGCUCCUCAGCGCCGGCCUGUCGCUCUCCUCUGCGUUUGUCGCGCUGCCUCCCCUCGCGGCCCGCUGCUCUCUCCGCGGCCAACUGCGGAUCAUUGCAGCAGGCCCGUUCCACAACCUGCUCACCUUCCUCCUCCUCGCCGCCCUGCCCCGCCUCGCUGCCCUCCUCCCCUCCACAGACCUCUCCCACGUCGGGGCCCUCGUGCUCAGUGUCGACGCACACUCGGUCCUCCGUCCGUACCUGCCCACGGGCACCGUCAUCACACACCUGGACGACUAUCCCCUCUUCCACCCGUCCCAUCCACACCCGUGGCACACCUACCUCCUCGCUCCCUCCCCUCCCACUGCCCUCUCGCCGUACGACAGCCCUCCAGACACACUCCCCCUCCACGGCUGGUGUCUCCCCUCUCCCCAAUUCCUCAACGCGCCGACGUCAUGCUGCGACCGUUCCCCCAGCCCCCACUCCCCACCAGACCCCUCCUCCCACCUCGCCUGCUUCGAUGCCCUGAACACCACUCCCUCCAGUCGAUGCAUCGACCCCAUCCCCAUCCUCACACAGCCCCCCCUUCCUCCCUACCCCAACCUCUCUCCCACGCCCAAAACCCCAUACAAACGCUGCUCCUCUGCACGCGAUUGCUCAGGUCCACAAGCUAUUGAAGACCCAUAUACAUGCGUCCUGCCCCGCCCCGCAGAGCACCUCCUCCGCAUCACCAUCCUCGCCUCCUCUCCUUCUAAUACCUCCGCCCAAUACCAUGUUCAACGACAGAAUACAAUGCAGCUACAAACGCUACUAUGGACAGGCCCCCGCCGCGAGAUCUACGACCAAGUGCACACGACCCAGCGCCUCCCCUUCCCCUUCCCGCCCCCUCUCUUCCUUCGCUCCCCCAAUGAAGGGAAGUGGGGGUGGGCACUACUAUUGAGCGCAUACGCCCGCCUCGCACCUGGGGCGCGCCUGCUGUAUACGUACGUCCCAUCUCCCACACCCUCCCUUCUCCCCUCCCAUCUCCCAAACACGUCCGAUCACGUCGUUAACACGUUCAAGUUUCCCAUUCACAUUCACAUUCAUAUCUUCCCUUUUUUGUACACCUCCCUCGCCUCCCUCUCGCUCUACACCCUCAACCUCCUCCCCCUCCCGCACCUCGACGGCGCGCACUUCCUCGCCGCCCUCCUCACACUCCUCCUCGCCCCCUCAACUAAUUCAGCUAAUCAUCCUCCUGAUUCCUCCUUCGUAAGAAACGGUGGUGGUGGACGGGGCGGUGGGGGUCAUGGCGGUGGUUGGGGUGACGAGGACGAGGACGGGGACGGGGAUGGGGAGACCCUAUUACCGCUCUACCGCACCACCGUCACCCCGCUCAACCUACACACUCCUCCUCCUCCUACUCCCCCUCCUCAGACGAGGACGACGAUCUCACGGACAAUGACGAUUUCUCCUCCCAUUCCUCUCAAGACGAUUCCUCCUCCUCCUCCUCCUCCUCCUCCCAGCACCAACACCCCUCCCAACACCAGAACGCGCGCGCAGGACGCGCGCCGUUCGCGUUCGCGUUCACGUUCGCGGUCCCGCGCGCUGCUCCUUCCUCCUCCCCCUCCUACCCCUCCUACCACAACCCCUCCUACCCCUCCUACCCCAACCCCUCCUCCCACACCCCAACCUCCCACACCACACACCCAGCGCACGCAGCUACCGAGAGGGACAUCGAGUCGGGCCUCCCCCCACCCUCCUCCUCCUCUCCGUCUCCACGCCCAUCUUCUUCAUGUAGGAGUUGCAGCGCAUUCCCCCGGAUACGGCGAACACGACUCCUCCUGCGCGUCGUGUAUCCCCUCAGGCGGUGUCUCCUCUCCCUCUCCUCCUCCCUCUCCUCCCUCCCAUCCUUCCCAUUCCUCUCAUCGCUCUCCCACCGCACCCGCCUCCCACCCCCACCCGCACGAACACCCACACCCACACCCGCCGCAGGCCCCGCGGAGGGCUCCAGGCGUGCCAGGCGUCCUCGUCGCGCCAGGGAUGCCAGAGAUGCCAGGGACGCCAGGGACGCCAGCACAACGCGCACAACGCGAACCACGAGACCCACGCCGCCAAACCGCGUGCGCAGACGCGGUGAGCGCCUCGCCGCGCACGCCGCGCGCCUCACGCUCCUCCUCCUCGCGGCGUCCCUCCUCUGCAACCUCCUCAACGCGUACGCCGCUUACCGUUCGCGUACGCCCAAUACCCCGCAUACCGCGGAUGCUUCUCAAUUCUUAA